UGCGACAUAAUGGGGGAGGAAAGGUCUGGCAACAGAGUCACGUGAGGUGGGAAUCUCUUUUGACAGAACGCAAAUUCGAAUCCAUGACGUUUUCUCCCACAUUUAAGAGGAAUCUGUCAAAAUUUUGAAGAUUAAACGUAAGCGUUAGAGUUUAUGAAUCCGUUCGUCGCUUAUACGAUCACGACCACUUCAAAAAAAAUUUUAGUAUCGCGUCAUAACGAAACAAAAAGUCGUCGAGCUUCAGUCGAUCAUUCGUUUGCAUUGGCUGCGCAAACGCGUGCGGAAAGUGCGUCUAGGUUUACAAGCGGCCCGUCACUGGGUGACGUCACACAUAUCCAGCUAAAGAUGGCGGCCGCCGGAGGAGAGUCUUCCUCUCACAGUGUGUCGGAUGAAUUAUUCCAAAACUUCUACUCCGAGGUGAAGCAAAUUGAGAAAAGAGACUCUGUGUUGACCUCUAAGCAGCAGAUCGAUAGGCUGCUGCGGCCAGGAUCCUCCUACUUCAACCUGAACCCAUUUGAGGUGCUGCAAAUUGAUCCAGAGGCCACAAAUGAUGAACUGAAGAAACGAUUCAGAGCAUUAUCCAUUUUGGUUCAUCCAGACAAGAAUCAAGAUGACGCAGAAAGAGCACAGAAAGCAUUUGAAGCUGUUGAUAAAGCGUACAAACUUCUGCUGGAUCCAGAGCAGAAGGGAAGAGCCUUAGAUGUGAUCAAUGCUGGGAAAGAAUAUGUUGAGCAUAUGAUAAAGGAGAAAAGAAAACAGCUGAAGAAGGAGGGCAAACCACAGUAUGUGGAGGAGGAUGAUCCAGAAGUUUUCAAACAGGCCGUGUACAAACAGACCAUGAAGCUUUUUGCCGAGCUGGCGAUCAAGAGAAAGGAAAGAGAAACUAAGGAAAUGCACGAAAGGAAAAGAGCGAGAGAAGAGGAGAUCGAAGCAGCAGAGAAAGCAAAGCGAGAUCGAGAAUGGCAGAAAAACUUUGAGGAAACGAGAGACGGCCGUGUGGACAGUUGGAGGAACUUCCAGGCGAAAGGAAAGAGCAAGGAGAAGAAGAACCGCUCCUUCCUCAAACCCCCCAAAGUAAAGAUGGAGCAAAGGGAGUGAUGCUAAAACCAGGACUUAUUAACUCGACACAAACCAGUGUGUCCUUGUGGUUCGCCGUCUGAAGAGUAGCUGCCGUCGACAGCAAGCCGUCACCUAACUCCUCAACCAUCAUGACAUGAGUUUUGUAUUGUUUUUCUACUGUACAUACAUGACCCCUUUCAUCCACCUGUGUGUUAGAUGUUGUCAUUUGACUUUGUUUUUUUUUUUCCCAGGAUCGUAUAGAGUUAAGAUGCUAGCUAACAAUAAUGUGGGUUUUUACUGUGUCAAAGGAGUAGCUGCUUCAUAUUCAAUCUUCCAUUUCUGAAAUAUGAACGCUUGUCCAGCGUCACAAACUGUGUGUGAACCAGGAGUCCCACGUGUUGGCUUUUCUGGGAAAUAAAGGCGCAUGUGUUGUCA